UCGCGCACUCCUCGCUGCGUCCGCUUCGGGCUCUCUUCUCGUCACUGGAGCCAUGGCGUUUGCCGAGACCAACCCAGCGGCAUCGUCCCUGCCCAACGGCGACUGCGGCCGCCCCAGGGCGCGGCCGGGAGGGAACCGGGUAACGGUGGUGCUCGGCGCGCAGUGGGGCGACGAAGGCAAAGGCAAGGUGGUGGAUCUGCUGGCGCAGGACGCCGACAUCGUGUGCCGCUGCCAGGGAGGAAAUAAUGCCGGCCAUACAGUUGUCGUAGAUUCUGUGGAAUAUGAUUUCCAUCUUUUACCCAGUGGGAUAAUUAACCCAAAUGUUACUGCGUUCAUUGGAAAUGGUGUGGUAAUUCACCUACCUGGAUUAUUUGAAGAAGCAGAGAAAAAUGUUCAAAAAGGAAAAGGUCUGGAAGGCUGGGAAAAAAGGCUUAUCAUAUCCGACAGAGCUCAUAUUGUAUUUGAUUUUCAUCAAGCAGCUGAUGGUAUCCAGGAACAACAGAGACAAGAACAAGCAGGAAAAAAUUUGGGUACCACAAAAAAGGGCAUUGGCCCAGUUUAUUCUUCCAAAGCUGCCCGGAGUGGACUCAGGAUGUGCGAUCUUGUUUCUGACUUCGAUGGCUUCUCUGAGAGGUUCAAAGUUCUGGCUAACCAGUACAAAUCCAUAUACCCUACUUUGGAAAUAGACAUCGAAGGUGAAUUACAAAAACUCAAGGGUUAUAUGGAAAGGAUUAAACCAAUGGUGAAGGAUGGAGUUUAUUUCCUCUACGAGGCCCUACACGGACCACCCAAGAAAAUCUUGGUAGAAGGUGCAAACGCAGCCCUGCUAGAUAUUGAUUUUGGAACUUAUCCUUUUGUAACCUCUUCAAACUGCACAGUUGGAGGAGUUUGUACCGGGCUGGGAAUGCCCCCUCAAAAUGUUGGAGAAGUGUAUGGUGUUGUGAAAGCUUAUACAACUAGAGUUGGCAUUGGUGCCUUUCCUACGGAACAAGACAACGAAAUUGGAGAAUUAUUACAAACGAGGGGUGGAGAGUUUGGUGUAACUACUGGAAGGAAAAGAAGGUGUGGCUGGUUGGACCUCGUUUUGCUCAAAUAUGCGCAUAUGAUUAAUGGAUUUACUGCCUUGGCGCUUACCAAAUUGGAUAUUUUGGACAUGUUUACAGAAAUCAAAGUUGGAGUUGCUUACAAGUUGGAUGGUGAAAUCAUACCUCAUUUCCCAGCAAACCAAGAAGUCCUAAAUAAAGUCGAAGUUCAAUAUAAGACUCUCCCAGGAUGGAACACAGACAUAUCAAAUGCAAGGACAUUUAAAGAAUUACCUGUUAACGCACAAAAUUAUGUUCGAUUUAUCGAAGAUGAGCUUCAAAUUCCAGUUAGGUGGAUCGGUGUAGGCAAAUCCAGAGAGUCCAUGAUUCAGCUCUUCUAAGGGUUCCCAGUGAUGCAAGAAACACUCCUUGAAAAGGGGGGGAAGGACUUUCUUAAAUAUUUCAUUUAUGAUCUACGGAUUUCAAGAAUCAAGACAUUGACCUGCGUUGUAAGCCCUACCGUUGUUCCCAGUCUCAUAGGAUGGCUGGCUGGUGAGGAGAUGACUUUCGGCCUAUUCCAGUGUCAGCUUCGUUAGCUGCCAUAAUUGCCGAAAUCGUUCGUUGCUCCUGCUGCUCAUGGUGCCACAUUUUUUUUUUUAACGUUUAGUGAUGAUAUAACCUAUGUUGUUUGAAAUCUAAGAUAGAAUUACUUUCUGUGUAGUUUUUCUUCAUCGUCAUGUGUGUUCAUAGGUUUUGCUUCUAUUAAAUGGUAAGAACAAUUAAUGCAGUUUUGCACAAAUAUUUUUACAUUCUGAUCAUUCAGUUCUGUCAUUGUAAUCUUUGCUGUUAGAAAAAAUGAUGAUAAGAGAGUUCUGUAAACUUUUGUAAUGCUAUAAAUUGUUUAAAUUGUGUACUGUUUAUUUUCUGCUGAGACCAUUGCAAAUUUGAGCUUUGGCUGGGGGAGGGUGAUGUAGUCAUGGGUCCUUUAAUUUGUACAGAAUACAAAACUUAUUUCUCUCUGUAAAUUAUUUAAAACAUUGAACAUUUAAUUAAAUGUUCGAAGAGAAAAGGUGUUUCCUAAAACAACAAUCUUAAUGUUAAAGAUAUAGUCAUUAAAAGAUCUAUUGUGAUAUUUGGUGGAUAUUUUUCUUUCAGAUAUUAACUGAACCGUGUAGCUUUCCUAUUUUAUCAUGCCAUUAUUUCUAAAUCUAGAGAAUUGAUUUUUCAACAUCGUGCCUGCCAAUAUGCCUACAAAAUUUUCUGUAAGUCUCCAAAUGAACCCAAAUUGUUGGUCAUGCUUUUAUUUCUCCUUUCUUGGGAAAAAAAAAAAAAGGUAUUGUUUUAACAAUUAGGCUUAAUAUAUUGUGUUUUUGAUUAUCCUUCAGCAAACUAUUUUAAUUGUUUAAAUUAGGUGCCACUUAAAUUUAUUUUAUUAUACCAUCAAUAGCUGAUUAAAAAGAACAAACUAUUUCUAGUA